GGCGGGGCGGGGCCGGCCGGACGGCGGCCGUGGCCGGCGAGGUGGCUGAGGCGGCCGGACCCAGGCGGCUUCGGGGCGCUCGGGGCGCUCGGGACCCCGAGAGCGCGCGGCGCGGGGAGUUCGCUGUGCGCCCCUGCGGGGCGCCGGGGCCCCAGGCCGACCGAACACGAUGAACUACCUGAGUAUCUUGAGUGCCAUCCGGAGUGCAGGUGGUGGCUGCGGUCGAGAGGAUUUUAAGACUAUCCAGGCUCAUUUGAAAAACCGCCAGGAUCAGCUGGGCCUUUCUGCCAGGGGCAGUGGGGGCAGUGGUGCAGGGAUCUCGCCAAACCCUACUUAGUUUCUUUCUCGGCGCCAAGGCCAGAAUGUGCUGGCCAAAGCCCUGUACGACAAUGUGGCCGAGUCCCCAGAUGAGCUCUCCUUCCGCAAGGGUGACAUCAUGACGGUGCUGGAGCGGGACACACAGGGCCUGGAUGGUUGGUGGCUCUGCUCCCUGCACGGGCGCCAAGGCAUCGUGCCCGGGAACCGCCUCAAGAUCCUGGUGGGCAUGCAUGACAAGAAGCCAGCGGGGCCCGGCCCAGGCCCGCCCGCCAACUCGACCCCGCCCCAGCCCGGCCUCCACGCCCCUGCAGCGCAGUAUACGCCCAUGCUGCCUGCUACGUACCAGCCCCAGCCCGACAGCGUCUACCUGGUGCCCACCCCCAGCAAGACUCAGCAAGGCCUCUACCAAGCCCCUGGGCCCAGCCCACAGUUCCAGUCUCCCCCGGCCAAGCAGACAUCCACGUUCUCCAAGCAGAUGCCCCAUCACCCGUUUCCCAGCCCAGCCCCAGACCUUUACCAGGUGCCCCCAGGGCCUGGCAGCCCUGCCCAGGACAUCUACCAGGUGCCACCUUCUGCUGGGAUAGGACACGACAUCUACCAGGUCCCCCCAUCCAUGGACGCACGGAGCUGGGAGGGGACGAAGCCGCCAGUCAAGGUGGUGGUGCCCACCCGCGUGGGGCAAGGCUAUGUGUUCGAGGCCUCCCAGCCUGAGCAGGACGAGUACGACAUCCCACGCCACCUGCUGGCCCCGGGGCCCCAGGACAUCUACGACGUGCCUCCUGUUAGGGGGCUGCUUCCCAGCCAGUACGGCCAGGAGGUGUAUGACACCCCCCCCAUGGCUGUCAAGGGUCCCAAUGGUCGGGACCCAUCGCUGGACGUGUAUGAUGUGCCUCCCAGUGUGGAGAAGGGCCUGCUGCCGUCCAGCCAUCACGCAGUGUACGACGUUCCUCCGUCCGUGAGCAAGGACGUGCCCGACGGCCCGCUGCUGCGUGAGGAGACCUAUGAUGUGCCCCCUGCCUUCGCCAAGGCCAAGCCCUUCGACCUGACCCGCCACCCGCUGGUGCUCGCUGCACCCCCUCCGGACUCGCCACCAGCUGAGGAUGUGUACGACGUGCCACCCCCGGCCCCUGACCUCUAUGACGUGCCCCCUGGCUUGCGGCGGCCUGGCCCGGGCACCCUCUACGACGUGCCCCGAGAGCGGAUUCUUCCUCCCGAGGGGACCGACAGCAGCGUGGCGGACGACGGCGUGUACGCAGUGCCCCCCCCCGCCGAGCGAGAGGCCCUGGCCGACGCCAAGCGCCUGUCGGCCUCCAGCACGGGCAGCACGCGCAGCAGCCAGUCGGCCUCCUCCCUGGAGGCGGCGGUGCCGGGCCGCGAGCCCCUGGAGCUGGAGGUGGCCGUGGAGGCCCUGGCGCGGCUGCAGCAGGGCGUGAGUGCCACCGUGGCCCACCUCUUGGACCUGGCAGGCAGUGCAGGCGGGUGUGGGGGCUGGCGCGGCGCCCCCGAGCCUCAGGAGCCUCCGGCACAGGACCUGCGGGCCGCCGUGGCCGCCGUCCAUGGGGCCGUCCAUGAGCUGCUGGAGUUUGCCCGCAGCGCUGUGGGCAGUGCUGCCCACACUUCCGACCGCACGCUGCAUGCCAAGCUCAGCCGCCAGCUGCAGAAGAUGGAGGAUGUGUACCAGACGCUGGUGGCCCAUGGUCAGGCCCUUGACAGUAGCCGGGGAGGCCUGGGGGCCACUCCCGAAGACCUGGACCACCUCGUGGCCUGCUCGCGGGCUGUGCCUGAGGACGCCAAGCAGCUGGCCUCCUUCUUGCAUGGCAAUGCCUCGCUGCUCUUCAGACGGACCAAGGCCUCUGUCCCAGGGCCUGAGGGGGGCGGCCCCCUGCACCCUAAUCCCACUGACAAGGCCAGCAGCAUCCAGUCCCGGCCCCUUCCCUCACCCCCCAAGUUCACCUCCCAGGACUCACCUGAGGGGCAGUACGAGAACAGUGAGGGGGGCUGGUUGGAGGAUUACGACUACGUCCACCUGCAGGGCAAGGAAGAGUUUGAGAAGACCCAGAAGGAGCUGCUGGAAAAGGGCAACAUCAUGCGGCAGGGGAAGGGCCAGCUGGAGCUGCAGCAGCUGAAGCAGUUUGAGCGGCUGGAGCAGGAGGUGUCACGACCCAUAGACCACGACCUGGCCAGCUGGACGCCGGCCCAGCCCAUGGCCCCAGGGCGGACGGGUGGCCUGGGGCCCUCGGACCGGCAGCUGCUGCUCUUCUACCUGGAGCAGUGCGAGGCGAACCUGACCACGCUCACCAACGCAGUGGAUGCCUUCUUCACCGCCGUGGCCACCAACCAGCCCCCCAAGAUCUUCGUGGCACACAGCAAGUUUGUCAUCCUCAGCGCCCACAAGCUGGUGUUCAUCGGGGACACGUUGUCGCGGCAGGCCAAGGCGGCCGACGUGCGCAGCCAGGUGACCCACUACAGCAACCUGCUGUGUGACCUCCUGCGUGGCAUCGUGGCCACCACCAAGGCCGCCGCCCUGCAGUACCCAUCGCCCGCCGCCGCGCAGGACAUGGUGGACAGGGUCAAGGAGCUGGGCCACAGCACCCAGCAGUUCCGCCGGGUUCUGGGCCAGCUGGCAGCUGCCUGAGAGCCGUCAGCCAAAGGGAUGGAGGGCAGGGGAGGAGGGCGGCGAUGGGCCUCCGAGAGCCACCGUGUUGUGGGCAUGGGGACAGGAGAUCCCAGCUCCACCUGGGCCUGGUGCCCCAGACUGUCCAGGGAUUUGUGUAUAUUUAUGAUGGGGCAGGAUGUGGGCCGGUGCCUCCUCGGAGGAGCCUGAGCAGAGCUGGGCCCGGGAGGCCAGGCCAGGAGUGGCUGGUGGUCUCUCCUAAGCACGCUGAGGGCCCGGGGGGCCCAACAUUCGGAGCCGGUCUGGGGGCUCACGGACACCUCAACCCACGUGGCCUCAGGUGACCCCUUGGGCUGACCAGCCCCAUGAGGGUGCCGUGUCCCCCCGACCGGACAAGUGCAGCUGUGGUGUAUUUUCUCUGCACCAGGAGAAAACCCUAAAAAACUAUUUUUCAUUAUUGAUUUUCCAAUCAUUUGACUAAUAGUCUACAUUUAAAUAAAAUUUUA